AAAAAAAACAGCAGUAUUAGCAAGUCGAUAAACCCUUUGAUCAUUUGGGGGAUAUCACAACUGUAAUUUCAUGUGCAAUAUCCAUAUAAGUUAUCAUCCAAAUUAUAUGAACUCUAAUGACAAGAAAAACUUCGUAUCAACAACAACUAGUAUCUUGUAUUGUAGAUUAGAGUUGGGUAAAAUUGCAGUUAUUUGAAGCCUGCCAUAUGGAUCUUGAUUGGCAAUCAUGUGCACGUUUACUACAAACCAUCACAUCCAAUUCCUUAACCAAACAAGGACAACAAUUGCACAUCUUAUUGCUCAAAAGGGGCAUGUUACUGUCCUCAAUCACCUUAUCAAACCGUCUUAUUCAAAUGUACUGCAAAUGUGGUUACUUGUAUGACGCCCGCAAACUGUUCGAUGAAAUGCCACAAAGAAACUACUUCACAUGGAACUCUAUGAUUGAAGGGUACGUGAAAUCGCGAAACGAGCAAGAGUCUUUGCGUUUGUUUUACGCGAUGCCCGACAAGAAUAGUUUCUCUUGGAACAUGAUCAUAUCCGGGUUUGUUAAGGCGGGGAAGUUGGAUCUUGCAAGAGAGUUUUUUGAUAAAAUGCCGGUGAAAAAUGGGGUGGCUUGGAAUUCCAUGAUUCAUGGGUAUGCUCAAAACGCGCAGUCUUUGAGAGCAGUUAGUCUGUUUAAAGAUAUGAAGUCGGGACCAUGUUGUUUCGAUGCGUAUGUUUUGGCUACUGUGUUUGGUGCUUGUGCUGAUUUAGCGGUUAUUAAGUUAGGAAAAGCAAUUCAUGCUUGCAUAGUCAUCGAUGGGGUCGAAUUUGACUCGGUUUUAGGAAGUUCGAUAGUCAACAUGUACGGGAAAUGUGGCGAUCUGGACUAUGCUAGCCUAGUACUACAUAGGCUGCCAUACGCCGACGAUUUCUCUCUAUCGUCAUUGAUCUCUGCAUACUCUAAUAGUGGCAGGGUUAACGAUGCAAACCGAAUUUUUCGUAUGAAAGAUAACCCUUGUGUUGCUUUAUGGAACUCUUUGAUAUCCGGUUAUAUUGUAAAUAAUAUGGCAAUGGAAGCGCUUCUAAUCUUCGGUGAAAUCAGAAGACGUGGAACUCGAGAAGAUGUUUCUACUAUUGCGAGUGUUUUGAGUGCAUGCGAUUUGUUAGGUGUCGUGGAUUACGCAACACAAAUGCAUGCACACGCUUGUAAAUUUGGAGUGACCCGUGAUCUUAUCGUUGCAUCCGUGCUGGUGGACACUUAUUCCAAGUGCGGUAUGCCGAAUAGCGCGUGUAAGUUAUUUAGUGAGUUAGAUACACACGACACAGUUUUGUUGAAUUCAAUGAUUACGGUUUAUUGUACCUGUGGAAGAAUCGAAGACGCUAAAGAGCUUUUUCAAAGCAUACGAUCUAAAACGUUGAUCUCGUGGAACUCAAUGAUAUCAGGGUUAAGUCAAAAUGGUUAUUCAACCGAAGCACUUGCAUGGUUUUGCGAACUGAACACAAACGGUUUUAGAACCGACAGAUUCAGCCUUGCUAGUGGGAUUAGCGCGUGUGGUGCAAUUUCUUCACUCGAAUUCGGUGAACAGCUAUUCGCUAGAGCUACUGUUGUCGGUCUUGAAUCUGAUAAAAUUGUUUCAACCUCAAUGAUCGACUUGUUUUGCAAAUGUGGGCUGGUUCAUAACGGUAGAAAAAUCUUUAGUCAAAUGGUACACGUUGACCAAGCUUCUUACAACUCCAUGUUAAUGGGUUACGCUACAAAUGGUUAUGGAACCGAAGCAUUGGAAUUGUUUAACGAUAUGAGAAAGUUAAACGUUACGCCUACAAAUAUUACAUUUACUGCUGUUCUAUCUGCGUGUGAUCACUGCGGUUUAGUUGAAGAGGGAUUAAAAUGGUUUCAUUUAAUGAAACACGAGUAUUUUAUUGAUCUGGGAAUUGAACAUUAUUCUUGUACGGUAGAUCUUUUCUCGCGCGUUGGUCGACUAGAGGAAGCUAUAAGUUUAAUUACAUACAUGCCGUUCGAUGCUGAUGUAAGCAUGUGGUCAUCGGUUUUACGAGGGUGUUUAGCUCAUGGUGAUACAAUUCUGGGGAGGAAAGUUGCGGAGAAAAUAAUAACGCUUGACCCGAAGAACGCAGAUGCGCAUGUGCAGUUAUCGAGCAUUUUUGCUACUUCUGGGGACUGGACGCGAUCGGAACAAGUUAGAAAGUUAAUGAGUGAUGAGAGGAUGCAAAAAGUUUCUGGUAGAAGUUGGGUUGACCCAUGAGGAUAGUUGUUAUGCUUAAGAAAAUCCGAAAAGUAAAAAUA